AUGAAACGGCAGAAACAGAGAAGACACAGAAGCAGGAAACAGGAAGCACGUCUGUUGUCAUCUUGUGGAGGGCUAAGACUGUGUUUGCUCUCUUCCAGUCGUGUUGGCUUUUAUGUGAAUACAUUCCAGAGCGUGGCUGGUCUGGAGGAGAAGUUUCACAGAGAAAUGGGAAAAAUUAAUCAGAAUCUGAAUGAUACGCUGGAGGAAUUAGAAAAUCAAGAUAUGUCCAGAAAAACAGGUAGCCAAGGGGUGAGGACAUCAACAGCCCAGAAGAGUGACAAAACACAAGAUGCCAAUCACACACUGAGUCCAGGAGGACCGGCAGCCAUACCCAAAUCACCGUCCAAGCUAAAGCCUAUGGUUCCUCCACCUCCUAAAGUUACUCCAUCAAAGGAUAUGAAGCAGGAGAACAUUAUCAAUCUGUUUGGUGAGGCAUCCGCCCCAAACAUAAGUGUCACUUCGCCAACACAGUAUGAUGCUCCAGCCACUGCUAAUCUUCUGGAUAUGGAUCUGGACUCACUUCAGGCUGCCACCACACCAGCCGCACAGGUCUGGGAGACUUGGGAGCAAACAGAGAAGGAAGCUGAGGUCCCUCAGACAUGGGACGAUGAUGGUACCCAGCCUGGGCACUCUGGCUGGGGCGAUGAUGGUACCCAGGCUACCUGGGAUGAUGAUGGUAGCCAACCUGAUGGCUCUCAGCCUGUGCAGGGGAAUGACAAUGAUUCUACCCAGCAGGCCCAGGGGUGGGACGAUGAUGGGGCUCAGGUCACAGAAAAGGUAGCUGUUACAGAAGAGGCAGUAGCUGAAACCAUAAAUGAAACUGCACAGGCGACCACAGAGAGCACAGAGAGUGUAGAGAUGCCAGAAUCCUUCCUGUUCAAAGUGAAAGCAAUGCACGACUACAAUGCCAAUGACUCUGAUGAGUUGGAGUUGAAGGCCGGAGAUGUGGUGCUGGUAGUAAGCUAUGAAAACCAGGAUGAGCAGGAUGAAGGUGGUUAG